CAAGAAGAGCUGAUUGAGUUUCGAAAUGAUAUCACAGAAAACCGAUUGCAGCAAGAAAAUUAUUUACGCAGAACUCAUAGUAUUGACAUAUCCGAUUUGUCUGGAUCAUCGACGAAUAUCGACUUAAAUAGUUGUCGACUAGCAAGAUCUGAACCUGACUUAUCAAAGUACGGAUUAUUUCUUGAAGCUGAAGUCACUGUCGAACCAUUUGGACCUCAACAACCGGCUCCGCUUGUACUUAACAAUCCAUUUUAUGAUGGUUCUUAUGCAUUAAAUCCCACUCAAUUGAAUAAUGGUAUAGUAGUAUUGCCUGAAAACUACCUAGCUUUUGAAGACUCUUUUGUGCCUACGUUUGAUUACAAACCUGAUCUUCUAGUCGAUAAUUUUAACCCUGACCUUUACUAUGAUGGUCUACCUAUUGUCCCACCAAAUGAUCCCUGGUCAGUUUAUGGAGCUGACAAUUCUGUUUACAAUUAUUAUUCGCCGCAAUAUGAAACACCAAUGGUCGAUCAGGAUGCUAUACAGUAUAUGCCUUUGACUGAUUUACAAUAUGCGAUUCCUCAAUAUAUGAGUUUACCAGUGGUAGAGCAAGCAAAAUUAGAAACGUUCAUAGAUAACAACAGUAACAAAUUUGAAAACAACAAUAGACACAAUUUUGAAAAUGCAAGUGCAGUGACUUCAAAUGUAACGCAGGAAACCGCGGAUUCUGUGGUUCUUAGUAAUGACGAUGAAAAAGUGAUUGGAGUUGAACAUUCUAACAGAGAAUCGUCAACACAAAGUGAGGAAUCAUUAAAUGGGGAUAUUUCUAACGAUAUAACGUCUAGUUUAGCUUUUGUUCCAAGUAGUAAAUAUUCACCACAAAGGCUUCAAGGAAUCGCUGCAGAUGAUACUAGUAAUGAUACUUCUCCAUGUUCCACUGAUUAUCACGAAGCAUCCGCUUUAGAUAUAGUGCAAAGCCACGAUGAGUUAUCAUGUUGUGAUAGUGAUUAUUCACAAAGUAGAGAUGACACUUCGCCGGCGCCGCCUGAUUUGUCAAAAGUGCUUCCGACAGUGCCUUGUGAAGUAACUAAAGGACAAAGUGAAAUUAGUGGAUCUCAAUUAGCCCCUUCUAAUACACCAUUGGGCAAUCUACCUCUUAGCAAAUUACCAUCCAUUCCACUUCAUGAUACAUUGCCAACAAAACUACCUCCAGUGCCGAGUGAAUUAGUUCUUGCGGAAAACACGAAAACUGAUCAAUCUAAAGUGACCCCUGUCAAUUCUACGGAAAAUGUACCUGAACCCAACAAGUGCAGCCAAAUUAAAACAAAUCAAACAUUAGAUCUCCUUAAAUAUGAUGAGUCCAAUGUAAAAGUGAACACCGAUUCAACGCUAAUACGACAACCACCGCAACCCCCUGCUGUGCCACCUUCUUGGUUACCCAAGAAACCUCCGUGUGAUGUUACACGAAACUCCACUCAAUCUGCCCCGCAAAUCAACGUACAGAAUGUUGAAGGCCAGACGAUUACAACUGACAGGAGUCCUAAAUCCACUCACAAACCUGUUGUUGCAAACCAAAAACAAGAGGAACCUCAACCCUCAUGUUCAUAUGCAGCACCUCGACUGCCAGCACCUGUAUCUCAGCUUAAGCCAGAUAAACAGCCAAAGGAUGUGGAGACCUCCCGCGCACGCUCCUCCGUCAAGGACGACAGAGACGGACACCUCGUCUACUGGCCCGGCUAUGUCAUGGGAGCGAGAUACAAAAUCAUCGACACGCUCGGUGAAGGCACCUUCGGCAAAGUGGUGGAGGUGAAAGAUUUAGAAAUGGAGCACAGAAUGGCUCUGAAGAUAAUCAAGAAUGUUGAGAAGUACAGAGAGGCUGCAAAACUAGAGAUUAACGUAUUAGAGAAGUUGGCAGAAGUGGACCCUGAUUGUAAACACUUGUGUGUAAAAAUGUUGGACUGGUUUGAAUAUCACGGCCACAUGUGCAUUGCGUUUGAAAUGCUCGGACAAAGUGUAUUUGACUUCUUGGAAAACAACAACUACCAGCCUUACCCGUUAGAACAAGUAAGGCACAUCGCCUACCAGCUGAUAUACAGCGUUCUGUUCCUGCAUGACAACAAACUCACUCACACGGACCUGAAGCCCGAGAACAUACUGUUUGUGGACAGUGACUAUGAGGUGCUCAACGUGUACAGCAGUUCCAAAAAAACACACGAUCUCUUACGCGUAAAACGCAGCGACGUUAGACUGAUAGACUUCGGCAGCGCCACCUUUGACCACGAAUACCACAGUACGAUAGUCUCCACACGCCACUACAGAGCACCGGAAGUCAUAUUAGAACUCGGAUGGGCGCAGCCUUGCGACGUAUGGUCGAUAGGCUGCAUAAUGUUCGAGCUGCACCUCGGCAUCACGCUGUUCCAAACGCACGACAACCGCGAGCACCUCGCCAUGAUGGAGCGCAUCCUUGGCCCCGUGCCCUACCGAAUGGCGAGAAAAACAAGGACAAAGUACUUCUACCACGGCAAAUUAGAUUGGGACGAAAAAUCGUCAGCAGGCAGAUAUGUUAGGGAAAAAUGUAAACCACUAUUGAGGUAUAUGCAGAGCACUAGCGAGGAGCACCGCCAGUUAUUCGACCUGAUCUCCCGCAUGCUGGAGUACGAGCCAUCGCAGCGCAUCACGCUCCGUGACGCGUUGCACCACCCCUUCUUCACUAAACUGCCGGCUCAUCAGCGACUCGGCAAUGACCGCACGAAGUGCAACGGUGAGAGCUCAGGGUCGCGCGAGCGAUCGCACUCGCUGAGCAGGUGAGCCGCGCGGGCCCAUAGCGGAAACGGGCCCAACGCGGACCCCUGGAGGAAACUUGUACAGUUCUAAUGAAGUGAUAAGUGAUAAAUAUAUUGUCGAACAUUGUAAUCUAGCUAAUAUUUUGUUGUGAAUCGGUACUUCUCAAUGUGUAUUUAUAAAAUAAAAUUAUCCGAAAUAAAGACUGUCGUCGGUCUGAAAUGUUACUUUUUGUUUGAUUUUCUUUUUGCUUCAUUAAAAUGUCUUAAACUAAGAUCGCAGUAUAAAUAAAGAUUGAUUUGUUGAUUUUUUCACCAACUUAUUAUUGAAUAGAAAAUUCUAUAAGUACUUUACGUUUUCAUUUUUCGUGCAGACAUAAAAAACUUUUACUGCCUUAUUACAAAAUGUUCACUUAAGUUAAACCUGGUCUGAUACUGUCACUUUUGUUAGCUAAAAAGAAAACAGACGCCGUUAGAGUUAAACCAAGAUUUAAUUUAGUCUUCGUAUUGGAAUAAGGCGGUUUAAGUCUACUAGUAGGUAUAUAGAUACUUUUAGAAGUCCCACAAUAAAACUGAAUUAAAAAAGCUGUUCGCUAAAAAGUUAUUUCUAUUUUAUAUGUAUGUUUAAUUAACAUUACGAACUUUUCAUUAGAAUCUAUAGUGUAUCAUAUCUAUUAAUGCCCCCACCACUGUUGGGAAGGUCCUACAGAUUUGAUAUGGAGAUUGGGCCAUGACUCACGACGCGGACCUAAUGCUGACUGGUGGGUUCUACUAACGACUGGAGAUGCAGUCGGGACCAACGGCUUAAUCUCUAUGGAGAGAAUGAACCGAACUUCAAUUUAAAGGCCAAAAGGUCUUGUUUAGGGAUUUCGAAAUAAUUACUUACCAUCUAAACUGGUAAAGCUAAAUACUGCACCUUCCAUCUACUGCUGGAUCCAGUGCGAAAUGAACCGUCCACUAUCACAAAACUCAUUAUACAAACUAAGGGAAUUAACCAUAGAUAAAUUAACCACUCCACGCUAAGAAUUCACGGCGCGAUUUUCUCCCGCGCCAGCCGUGGCUGCGCGACAGCAACUCGCGUAAAAUAUCUAAUUGUAGGUAAAGUGCAUAAGCAAAACUAACGGCGCAAUGAGAGCUUCCGUUUUUGCCACACUAGAUGCUGGAUACCAUCUAGCCACCACUGUUGAGUUAGGUCCUGAAGUUUAGUUUUUAAAGUUUGUUAAUACACACGUGAAAUCAAAGUUUACAUAUAAAUCAUAUUCGUUCACACAAUCGGCCGUGCCACAGUGUUAGGCAGUUUCGUUAUGUUUGAAAAAAAGGACAAAAUAAAUUUUAAAAAAUAACUGACAUUCAUUGACACGUAACUCAUAUUUACAAUAUAAUUUUAACCAUAAUUAUUCUGAGUUAUUACCAAUAAUUUUGAUUGGAAAUAAACCCGCGUAGUCGACCCACAAACAAUAACAUUAGACAUUUCGGAGACCUCACAGUACACAAGCGGCGGAUUCAUAAGAGAUAGCCCUCAUUCGGCACCCACUGUGGGAACACGCGGUAGGUACCGUAAGUGAGGGUUACUUUAGCUCGGGCGAGUAACUUUGUCCCAAAUCAGAAAAAAUAUAUAUUGAACUUGCCGCCCCAUCAGUAUCUCUUAGGUGACCGUAAUAGUUUCAGUUGAAAAUCACAGAUAGCCAUAUAGGCGCGCAGUGUUGUGUUGUUUUACCGACAUCGUUCCUGUAUCAACCUGUCAUUUUGUAACGCGGGAUUUUUUGUAACUGAAAUAGUUCGCAAGUUCAUGCGCAAACUUUCUCAAAACUGUGGUUUUCGGUAAGUUUUCAAUUUUUUCUUUAACAUAAUUAUUUUUGGGUAAAAUCAUCCAUUUGUGUAUACAAUACA